GCUAGUGGCUGCAGCCUGCUUAAGGAAACGCAAAUCCUCUCCCACCUUUCUGGAAAAUGAUGGAAAAUGAAGUGUUUGCAUCGUUUACUUUCUACAGCACGAUCUUGAUUAUAAAAAUGUAUGUUCUGGCCAUCAUUACAGGACAAGUGAGGCUCAGAAAGAAGGCUUUCGCCAAUCCAGAGGACGCCCUGAGGAACGGAGGGCUGCAGUACUGUCGAGAGGACCCAGACGUGGAGCGAUGCCGCAGGGCCCAUCGCAAUGACAUGGAGAACAUUUUCCCCUUCCUCUUCCUUGGGGCCAUCUACUCCCUGCUGGACCCCAAUCCCACCGUGGCAAGGAUCCACUUCCUGAUCUUCUGCGUGGGGCGGAUAGUUCACACUGUGGCAUACCUCCUGCAGCUGAAAGCUCCCACACGCUCGGUGGCCUACAGCGUGGCACAGCUGCCCUGCUUCUCCAUGGCGCUGCAGAUUCUCUUCGCCGUCAUCACACACUGGUAACGUUAAAGAUAACCCGCCGCCACUGGUGCUGCAACGUGGAUUAGAAAGACACGCCUUUGCUGCUUUCCCAAGAGAAGGACUCAUUCUGCUGUGGCUUCAGUGUCGGCAUCUCCCAGCUGGGUGGAGCUCAGGGCUCUGGGAAAUCCCCUCUGGGUGUGUGCAAGGCCCUAUUUCCAGGAGCAGGCUGCAGAGGUGGAAGGAUGUGCUCCUCGCAGCUGGGUGCUCAUGCAUUAAGCGCUCAGUAAUGCCACAGCAUUAGUACCACAGCAAUAGCAUUGUGGUGUCUUCCAGUCUUCUCGCUGGUGACCUGGGGGGAGGGAAUGAUGCCAAGUUAAGAACACAACUAAACCAGGAAGUGGUGAAACUCUCUAAGCAGCCUGGCCCCAUCACUCUGGGGAGAGAAAAGCGGGAGACCCUUGGUCCCCCUAACUCACUUUGAUGGGAGUGUGUACGGUGAAGAGAUAGGAUGUCCCAUCUCCUCUCUUCGGCAAGAAUACCUGGUGAUGUAGCGGAAAAGCUAAAGUAGGAACAAACUGAGUCUUUGUAUAAAACAAACCCCUGCCCCCAAAACCUCAUUUUUACUCUUUGAUUAGCGAGACCUGACUCUCCGUUUGUUCGUUUGUUGUUGUUUUUUAACCUCCUACACAGGAAGGAAACAAGUUGGUGGUGCAGCAUCUGAUACUGCCGGGCACAUCUCUGCUAGGAAACAGAACCCAAAGGGUUAAAUCUUUCAGAGGGUGGCAGUAAAAACACAGAGGGAAACAGAACUAGUGCAGGUCCCCCUUCCAAACCCAAAUUACAUCAUCAGUCCAAAGAGGCAGCUCUCCUCUGGGCCCCGGAGGUCAAGAUUUCACUUGACUGUCAACUCCAGAGCAGACAGCUCCAUUUGCUUUUGGAGUGAGAAGCGGGAGUUGGCUCCGGGCACAUCAGGCCAUCUCCAGACUCCCUCCUGGAAAGAGCAUUGAGCUCAUAAGAAGGUCGGGGCGCUCAGCACAGAUCUGGGCCUUUUCCAUUUCCUACAGGUACCUACAGGGGCGGCUCUAUGUUUUUUGCCGCCCCAAGCACGGCAGUCAGGCAGCCUU